UGCCCAGCCAAGAUGGCUGACAGCAUCCCGUUAAAUCCGGUGCGGAAGAACUCGAAGAGGAUCCCGUAUUACAACUCAGCCAGACUUUCAAGACUGGACGAGGAUGUUCUAUUAAAGGCGUCAGUCUAGGAAUGGAAAAGAAGUGAACUAGUCCCAUGAUCAGAUACUCUUUAGAAGAUGAGCCCUCCAACCUGGAUGAGAUGCCUCUGAUGAUGUCGGAGGAGGGCUUUGAGAAUGAUGAGAGCGACUACCAGACACUGCCUCGGGCUCGAGUCAACCAGAGACAGAGAGGCCUCGGCUGGUUCCUGUGUGGAGGAUGGAAAGUCCUCUGUGGCAGCUGCUGUGACUGUCUGGCCCACAUAUGUCGGAGGAAGAAGGAGCUGAAGGCCAGGACGGUGUGGCUCGGCUGUCCGGAGAAAUGUGAAGAGAAGUACCCCAAAAACACUAUCAAGAACCAGAAGUACAAUGUCUUCACCUUUGUGCCUGGGGUUCUCUACCAGCAGUUCAAGUUCUUCCUCAAUCUUUACUUCCUGGUGGUGGCCUGUUCCCAGUUUGUGCCAUCACUGAAGAUUGGAUAUUUGUACACGUACUGGGCACCUCUGGGUUUUGUGUUGGCUGUUACCAUGGUGAGAGAGGCUGUGGAUGAAAUGAGACGGUACCAACGAGACAAAGACAUGAACUCUCAACUCUACAGCAAGCUCACAGUGAGAGGUAAAAUUCAAGUGAAGAGUUCAGACAUACAAGUUGGUGACCUGAUCAUCGUUGAGAAGAACCAGAGGAUUCCUGCAGACAUGAUAUUCCUGAGAACAUCAGAGAAAACAGGUGCAUGUUUCAUCAGAACAGACCAGCUGGAUGGAGAAACAGACUGGAAACUGAAGGUUGCUGUUGGCUGUACACAGCGACUACCAGCAGUAGGGGAUCUCUUCUCAAUCAGCGCCUACGUCUACGCCCAGAAGCCUCAGCUGGACAUCCACAGUUUCGAGGGGAACUUCACCAGGGAAGACACAGAUCCACAGAUCCAUGAGAGUCUCAGUAUUGAAAACACUCUCUGGGCCAGCACCGUUGUUGCAUCUGGCACGGUGAUCGGGGUGGUGAUCUAUACAGGCAAAGAGACCAGGAGUGUACUGAACACCUCCUUUGCCAAGAAUAAGGUUGGCCUUCUGGACCUGGAGCUGAACCGUCUUACCAAAGCCUUAUUCCUGGCCCAGGUGGUUCUUUCUGUUGUCAUGGUGGCGCUGCAGGGAUUUGUGGGUCCUUGGUUCCGCAACCUUUUCAGAUUUGUCGUGCUUUUCUCGUACAUCAUCCCCAUCAGUCUGCGUGUAAACCUGGACAUGGGAAAGUCGGCCUAUGGUUGGAUGAUCAUGAAAGACGAAAACAUCCCCGGUACUGUUGUUAGAACAAGCACCAUCCCUGAGGAACUGGGCCGUCUGGUCUACCUGCUGACCGACAAGACUGGCACUCUAACACAGAAUGAAAUGGUUUUUAAGCGACUGCACCUGGGAACAGUUUCCUACGGCACCGACACCAUGGAUGAGAUACAGAGCCACAUUAUUCAGUCAUAUGCUCAGGGGACCUCUCAGCCCUCCAGUAGUGCCAGUGGCUCCACUCCAUCACGUAAGACCCAGACCUCGGGCCCGAAGGUCCGAAAGAGUGUAAGCAGUCGCAUCCACGAGGCAGUGAAGGCCAUUGCUCUGUGCCACAACGUCACCCCCGUCUAUGAGUCUCACGCCGGUGUAAACGGCGAGACGGAGUCUGCUGAAGCUGACCAGGACUUCAGUGAUGACAACAGAACCUACCAGGCCUCCAGCCCUGAUGAGGUCGAGCUGGUGCGUUGGACACAGAGCGUUGGUCUGACCCUGGUGAACAGAGACCUGACCUCCCUGCAGCUGAGGACUCCCUCUGGACAGAUCCUCUCCUUCUACAUCCUGCAGAUCUUUCCCUUCACCUCCGAGAGCAAGAGGAUGGGCAUCAUUGUCAGGGAGGAGUCAACGGGAGACAUCACUUUCUACAUGAAGGGUGCUGAUGUUGCGAUGGCGAGCAUCGUCCAGUAUAAUGACUGGCUGGAGGAAGAGUGUGGAAACAUGGCCAGAGAAGGUCUGAGGACGCUGGUAGUGGCGAAGAAGUCUCUGUCCGAGGAGCAGUACCAGGACUUUGAGAGCCGCUACAACCAGGCCAAGCUGAGUAUCCAUGACCGGGCCCUGAAGGUGGCAGCAGUGGUGGAGAGUCUGGAGAGAGAGAUGGAGCUUCUGUGUCUGACAGGUGUGGAAGAUCAGCUGCAAGCAGACGUCAGGCCCACGCUGGAGCUGCUCAGGAAUGCUGGCAUCAAGAUCUGGAUGCUGACAGGAGACAAGCUCGAAACGGCCACAUGCAUUGCCAAAAGCUCCCAUUUGGUUUCCAGAAACCAAGACAUACAUGUCUUUAAGCCGGUCUCAAACAGAGGAGAGGCCCAUCUGGAGCUAAACGCCUUCAGAAGGAAACAUGACUGUGCUCUGGUCAUCUCUGGAGACUCUUUAGAGGUGUGUUUGCGGUAUUACGAGCAUGAGUUUGUGGAGCUUGCGUGUCAGUGUCCAGCGGUGGUCUGCUGUCGCUGCUCUCCCACUCAAAAGGCCCAGAUCGUCACACUCCUCCAGCAGCACACAGCCAACAGAACCUGCGCCAUAGGUGAUGGAGGAAACGAUGUCAGUAUGAUCCAGGCUGCAGACUGUGGGAUUGGAAUUGAAGGAAAGGAGGGGAAGCAGGCGUCUCUGGCUGCAGAUUUCUCCAUCACUCAGUUUAAACACAUCGGCCGUCUGCUCAUGGUUCAUGGCAGAAACAGCUACAAGCGCUCUGCGGCGUUGGGUCAGUUUGUCAUGCACAGAGGAAUGAUCAUCUCCACCAUGCAGGCCGUCUUCUCCUCUGUCUUUUACUUUGCCUCUGUGCCACUGUACCAGGGCUUCCUCAUGGUCGGUUAUGCCACCAUCUACACCAUGUUUCCUGUGUUCUCUCUGGUUCUGGAUCAAGAUGUGAAGCCAGAGAUGGCUCUUCUCUACCCAGAGCUUUAUAAAGACCUCACUAAGGGACGCUCAUUGUCCUUCAAGACUUUCCUUAUUUGGGUUUUGAUCAGUGUGUAUCAAGGUGGUAUCCUCAUGUAUGGCGCUUUGGUGCUGUUUGAGUCGGAGUUUGUGCACGUGGUCGCCAUCUCCUUUACGGCGCUCAUCUUGACGGAGCUGCUGAUGGUGGCACUGACCAUCCGGACCUGGCACUGGCUCAUGGUGGUCGCUGAGUUCUUCAGCCUGGGAUGCUACCUAGCAUCGCUCGCCUUCCUCAACGAGUACUUUGACUUGUCAUUCAUCACGACUUGGCCUUUCCUGUGGAAGGUGUCAGCCAUCACGUUGGUCAGCUGUCUUCCUCUCUACAUCAUUAAAUACCUGAAGCGCAAGUUUUCACCUCCGAGCUACUCCAAACUCUCCUCGUGAGCCAGACUCAGAUUAUCUGGUUUGUUUUGUAGUUCCCUGCUUCUCUGAGCUUUUUCUAUUUGCAGCACUUUUUUUACUCGCUGAUCCUCAGUGACGGGCAGGAGGAGUACGAAAAACCACUGAGAUAACCAGAAAAAGGAAGAAACUUCGAAUGACGUCACUAAAACUUGGGAUAACUUGAAAUAAAUGGAGCACAUAAAAAAGACUAUUAAAGGAUGGAUUUCAAGAAUGGGGAGAGAAUAACUGCACUUGGAAGGCCUGAAUGAAACACUGGACCCCAUUUUGAUGGAAAAGGGUCAAUCUGCCUUCUUUUGUUUUAAAACUGAUCAGCUUCAUACGUCAUUUUAUACACUUCUGAUGCAUUACUUUCAAUGUUGAACUUUUUAUAUGUGGACUUUUUUAAGUGUUAUUUUUUAAUCUGGGUAUUAUGUACAGUUGCUGGUCUGCAUCUGUAAACAGUGUUGAGUUGCUUUAAAGGGGAAAAACAAUCAUGUUUUAGGGUUUUCCUACGUUACUGUAAAUAAAGCCUUUACAUGCAGCUUUGAUUCCUACUGCUGUCAGUGUAAACCUCAAAGCAUUGAAAUCAUUGACUGUAUAUUUAUGUGGACAACAAGCCUCCUCCUUUUGUUGUUGCUUAAAGUGGAGCUAAAAUACCUCCAUGACACGAUGACAGUCGAGACAUGUUUCCCAAUCUGCUCCCUCCAUCCUCCCUGUAAACACUUACACUCCGUUUGUGCGCUCUCACAGAUUGCCACAGAUUCUAGCCAUAUCUUAUUAUCUGCACGCUUUUAAACAUAUUAACAGCAGUAUGAUACAGAUUUAAAAUAUAAAAGAACUUAACAUUGCUUUCAUGAUCUAACGUCAUAUCUUGAAAAUGGUUUGUUUUGUGAAGAGUUUUAUUUUCACAGGGACUGAAUAAAUUAUCUUCGAUUGAAUUGAAAUUGGGAAAUGUUAAACCAAAUGCCACCUAAUAUGUCGUUUUUCUCUCGUAUUAUAUAUUUAAUGACUGUUGAAUAUUAUUUAUGCAGACAACAUAUCAUUUUAGUGAUGUGAGAUCGUGCUACAUUAAGAUCUGGUUUCCGUUUCAAUGAGAGGAGUUCAUCCAAAAGUCUGCUAUUGUUUUAAAACCCCCCAGCUUAAUCGAGGGAGCCUCGUCCGUGACGCUGGACAGAGCUGGGGUGACGAGGAAAUAGUUUGGGAAAAGCCCAUGGAGAUGCUGGAAGAAAUCUGUUCACAUUAUAAUCAAAAGUAUUAGUUUAAACAAUUCUGAAUUGAUUCAAAUUUCCCAUUAGUUGAUAUUUUUAAACAUCAUAAAACAUAUGAAUAUUUCCAAGCCCGUCCACACACACAUUACCAUGUAUCGCUAAACAGAGUCACAGUCCUACAUUCCUUGUCUAAAUAUUUUAAUCUCAAAUAUUGUCUACAAAAUGUACAGAAUGGAAAUAGCAAUGUGAAACUGUUUUUAUGUAGAGCUUUCAUCUGUGAUUUGUCAGAUUUAGGCAACAGCAGAAAAACUUACACUUCUAAAAUGUGGCAAAAAAAAGGAUCUGGCUCUCUUCGUAAUCUUCAUUUUACACAAUUUAAUGUUUUUGGCUUAGGAAUUGUGAUGUGUGGUGAAGAUUUGUUAGCCCUACAUUUUCUUGGCAAGACAUCUCAACUUGGCCAUACUUCUGUUGCUGUGCUAAAGUAUUGCAUCGACUUUAUUUAGCCUUGCCAUGCCUCCCCUCUGUGUCAGAGCUUUGGGCCCUCUUAAGCUGGCCGGGAGCCUGUCUCAGCUGUCAUUGGACGAGAGGCGGGGUACACCCUGGACUGGUCGCCAGUCAAUCACAGGUCACUGCUCCCUACUGCUCCCUCUGUCAGCUCACACUCACACAGUGAGAGAACCACGAGCAGAAUCCUUAACUGUGGGGCAUUUACAAUGCCCCCCGCCCCAAUAAUUAAGAAAAAUAAAAACAGCAGGAAAUACCCUCCCAGCUUCACAGAUGGCAAUGGCAAUUUGGGCAUGAUAGAGGGAAAAACAGCGAGAGAGCUCGGGAGUGAUAGUGAACUGACUUUAAACUCACUUUGUCAGACUUUUCCAAAGUGAACUCCAUAGAUUUCUGUUGCAGUCCGCUCUGACUUCACUCACAUACUGUGAGCACUCAGGUCGUGCCCGACCAUCAGAUCGUAUAGUUUGAGGAUAAAAAUCAUGUGUGAUGGUCCUGCGUUGUAAGCGAUUGAAAUCACAGUGUAUGCCUGGCUUUAGGAAUCACUGUUUAUUCAUCCUAAAUAUAUUUUCAACAACGGUUAGUAUUAGCACAGCAAACCCCACUCAUUGAUACUUCUUUCUGAUCACUGUCAAACUUCAUAGUUGUUGCAGGAGAUGUGUUGCCCUGACUCCUUAGUAUUUGCAGCGCUAGCUCUCAGCAGCAGUAAUGUUAACAUGGCUGUGUCUGGCUUACUGAUGUACCACCUAUGUCUUAGAAGCUGUGAGACUCUCGUCCGUUUUUCACAAAAGAAAAGGGUUAUGAUGUGUUUUGGAGUCUACAAUUAUUGAAGACCUGUAGUCUUUUGCACUUCUAUGUUGGCUUCAUUUUUCUGUAUUUGAGGUUGCUGCUCUCAAUCACCACAGGAAAAUUGGGCAAGACAAUCUUUAGAUCUGUCAAAUAAUCAGGCAUUGCUGACUUUGGUUGGAUGGGGGGGGGGGGGGUCGGGCACAAUUGCCUUGUGUUGUGUACCUUUCUCAGUCAUGUUGAGAACACUGUAAGGAGUGUAAUUUGUCAACAGAGCUGUCAAUCAUGACGUUACAUUCACUCUUUUUGCAUCAAAUAAAUAAAUAAAAGCUGGGCAUGAAUCAGCAUCCUAAUUAACCAGACAAGACUUUCACUUUAACGUUGUCCCUAUGUCCCAUCUGAUAACAUGGUGAAAGCAGGCUUUGUAACCUCCAGUGUACUGCAGCCAGUUAGCAGUGGAAGCGCUGAAUCUUUUGGCCUCACUCCCUGGCGGCCGUAGCUCUGUCCAUCUUUAUAUACAGUCUCUGAUUUGAAUCUUAAAGAAACGUGCAUUACUAAAACUUUCCUAUGACAGUCACGAAGAAAAUGCUGGAACUUGCUACAAACAAAUUUUCUGUGUAUUUGCUGCUCAAGUUUCUAAGUCAACCAUAACUUUGUGGUAUAAAACCAGCACUCCAUUGCAACAUAACACAUCGUAUUGUCUGCAUAUUUGGCCUUUAUUAUUCUUCAUAAUUUGACUAUGUCUGUCGAUGGCCAUCAGUCCUCUUGUGAGGACCUGGCAGCUCAUGUUGUGCCUCAUUAUGAUGUAUAUUAAUGUGCUGACGCUGCAUCUUCACGGCAUUGGAUGUUAAACAAUCAGAGGUUUUUAUGAGCGUUUGUUUUUGUUACCUCUGAAACCAGAUGUAGCGCUUGAAUCCUGCUGCUCUUUUCUGAUUUCUUUAAUGGUGAAAGUUAAAAAGUCACAAGAAGGAGCCUGAAUCUCAGUCUGCUGUGUAGUUUAAGGCCUUUGUUGACAAUAUGACUCCCAUGGGCCUCCUUGUGACUUUGGCCUGUAGCGGACCUUAAUUUGAAGGGGGAAUGAGUUUUAUCAUUCACUCUGUGUAUUCUAAGUGUUCAGAGUGUUUUAAGCACAGUAUCAGAAGGUGAAUUUGAGCAUGUUAAGUGAAGUAAACAGGAAGUAGUUUAUUGAUGUUGAUCAGUCAGAUUUUUGCUGAAUCAUUAUUGAGUUAAACUCAGGUUAAUCAUUCCCUAAUAAAGUAUUGUAUUAUUUAAUUAGUUUAAUUAUUGGGAACAGAGGUGUAAAAUUUAGCUACGCUACCAGAAAAACACAAAUAGAUGGAUGUGGUCUUUAGGGAAAGAGAGACUUUGAUGCAUUUAGGGUUUAAAUUUUCUGAUUCCCAAGAAGAAAAACUCCAGAUGUUGAUUCCUGUGUUUCCUGUUGGGAUCUUUGUUCUGUAUGUGUGAUGUUGUUUCAACUUUUCUUUCUUGUGAACUUGCUUUCCAUGUCCUACACUGCGAUUUCUAACAAUGUCUGUUAUUUAUAGUAUUGUUAUUGAAUGAUGAUUAAUAAAAGGAACAUCA